AUGGAGGGCUUUACACAUAAUAGCUAUACGGUAGGAUGGAUUUGCGCGUUAUCAAAGGAGCUCACCGCAGCAGAGGCCAUGUUGGAUGUAAAGCAUCCCAACCUUCAAAAACCCCCGAAUGACACGAAUAACUAUACUCUCGGUAGUGUGGGGGAACACAACGUUGUUAUUGUUUGUCUGCCUAAGGGUGGAAUUGGAAAUAACUCCUGCGCGACUGUUGCAACUAUUAUGCUCCAAACCUUCCCCAACAUCAAGUUCAGCUUCAUGGUCGGUAUUGGAGGUGGCGUUCCUGAGCAAGUGCGCCUAGGUGACGUAGUAAUCGGCACCCCGGCCGAUGAUCACUCUGGGGUUGUGCAAUGGGACUCCGGAAAAACGGAACAAGGAGGACAGUUCAAGAGAACAGGAAGCCUUAACCGUCCCCCGAAUGAACUCCUCAACGCUGUUUCAAAGCUCGAGCAAGAACAUCAGACCAAUGGAACGAAAAUCCCUCGAUACUUGGACCAGAUGAAAUAUAACCGCCCAAACCUGCAAUCGGAGUAUCUUUCGUCGGCGAAUCUGGAGGACGUGCUUUUCCGGGCGGACUAUGGGCAUGUCAAUAAUGGUAGCAGUCAGAAUAGCCAAGGCUGUGAAUCCUGUGAUCGAGCAUAUAGUAUUCAUCGAGAACCCCGCCAAAUGAAGGUCCAUUACGGUCUUAUUGCCUCCGGGAAUCAGGUGAUAAAAGAUGCAAAGUACCGGGAUGAAAUCAACGGAAGGUUUGAUAACAAAGUCCUGUGCUUUGAGAUGGAGGCAGCUGGUGUGGGAAAUAGCUGGCCAUUCAUCGUCAUUCGAGGAAUCUGCGACUAUGCAGACUCACAUAAGAACAAACAAUGGCAGGAGUAUGCGGCUUCUGUCGCUGCCGCCGCAGCAAAGGAGCUUCUGCUGACAGUGCCUACUUCGGCUGCAACACUUCUACCCCCGAUGAUGACAAGUAAGGAUAGAUGUUGA